GUCAUCAUUACAUAUGCCGUUUACGAACAGUUCUUGGACAUAUCAGGACUGUGAACCAAUCAGUGAUGACGUCACUAUAAGUUUUUCUGAGACAUUAGACAAAUGCUCAACAAUCAGGAACAGCUACACGUUGCGAGCUUCAGCUUGUGAUGAGGAGAAAAUGUUUGUUUGUCAGAGAUAUGAAGGUGACUGUUGGUACGAGCCUUUCUUUGAAGAGGAACCGGAAGUAUUCCUUGCAGAAACAUCUAUAACAAUAGAGGAUCCAAACAUCCAGGCUAGCGCAUGCGCUGUAGAAUGCCGAAACUUCUACGAUGCAACUACCGGAAGUGAAUGCUGGGGGUUUACGUUCUAUCCGAAUACUAUGUGUACGUUGCACGUCGAUGAUUCACCAUUUGCCUCGUCAAAUUAUCUUCUGUCCACAAAGAGAAGGCCUGGCCACGAGGAUUCUACAUUUUAUGUUCGCCGAUGUUUCGAAGAGUGUACCUCUCUCUCUCCCCCACCCCUCUCUCUCCCUCUCUCUCCCCCUCUCUCUCUCUCUGUUCUGGAGUUGUAUAAACCGGAGAUGGCAUUAGCACCAAUUGAUUUAUUAGAACGCACUUUUGGUGACAGAUGA